CCGCUACCGACUGCCGCUCCGCCAGCACCAUGGGACACUUGCAACAGCGGCUGACCUUGGCGGCGACCUGCGCGUGGCUGUGCCUGCUGGCGGGCGUCCAGCGCGCGGCCGCGGGCGUCGCCUACUACGGGACCGCGGCGCAGGCGCAGCAGCUGCUGCCCGGCUCCGCCAGCGUCGUGCUCGUCCCGCAGGGCAGCACCGCCAACCUCGCCAGCGUGUCGUCGGCGGUGCCGGUGGUGUACGUGGGCGGCGCGCCGGGUAACGGCCUGAGCGCCGUGUUGCUACGCGACGGCGCCGACGGCAGCAACCCGGGCGGCGGCUCCGGGGGCGGCGCCGGGGGCGGCGUGGGCAGCGGCUUCGUCGACACCAUCCUCUCCUGGUUCCCGCACAUCCCCAUCAUCAACCCCGCACCUCCAACGUCGCCCGUAGACGGCUCCAAGCCGCAGAAGGUGGAGAACCCGGCGUCGUCCCCCGCGGCGGCGGCUGGCGGAGAGUCGGCUGCAGGGUCGGCGGUUCCAGCUCCAGCUCAGGCCCCAGCUGCAGCGCCGGCGCGCCUGGAGGACCUGGACGAGGGCCUGCCGCCCGCCGAGCAGCCUCAACAGCCGGGCCUGAGCCCGCUGCCUCUGCCGCUGUCGCCGCUGGCGCCGCGGCCGGGCCAGAAGUUCGUGCUGGUGGGGCAGCCGCAGUUCUUCGGCAACUACGACGUGUUGCGCCAGCUCGGCCUGCAGAACAUCGGCACGCGCGGCCUGCUGGCUGGCGGCGCCGCCCUCACGCCGGCCGCGCUGCUGCCGCCCCGCCACCUGGGCGGCAAGCCCGCCCCCGAGAAGUUCCAGCAGCGGCAGCCCGCCGACGCCGCCCCAGCCGUCCCUGAAGCCGCCGCCCCCGCAGCCGCCGAUUCCUCAGACAGUGGAUUCCAGAGGUACAGCCAGCAAGGAGCACUGCUGUCGCAGCGUCUGCGCGACAUCGCCGCCGCCAGCGGCGACUCCCCGGCUUCCGACGAGUCGGGCAGCAGCGAGGAGAAGCCGACGGAGAGCGAGGACGCCGAGCAGGUGGUGGGUGCCGACCCGCCGGGCCCCAGCGUCGCGCAGGUCAAGCCGCAGGCGCUCGCGCUCGCCGGACCCGGGGGCGUGGCCGCCGCCGCCCCCAUGGGCACGGCGCUCGUCGGUCCCGGCGGACUCGCCGUCGCCGCCCCCGCCGCUACCGCAAUCGCCGGCCCCGCGGGCGGCACCCCUCCCAUCGGGAUAGUCCCGGCGUCGCAGGCCUACAAGCAGUACCUGGAGGCCCAGAAGGUAGUCGAGAACCACAGGAAGCAGCAGCAGCAGCAACAGCAGAACCGUAGACCCGCCUUCAUCGCAUACAACGCGUAGAGCAUACGAAAGGGAAUCAACAUAACACUUCUGAAGGCUUCCUAGUCCAUUUUACCACUGAAUCCUACGAAAUUCCUUAACAGAAAGUUGCUAUUUGUGUUAAAAUGCCGCCCCCUCCCUACCACCCUCCCCACAGAUCCACACACAUGCCUUUGUUAUCAUUGAUAUAUCGAUGCCCUGCGUUACUAAGGUUCCUUUCCUGACGAAGCAUCGAAGUCUCCACUGUACUUGUGUCAGAAUACAAUUCGUUCGCACAAAAAUAUCUGACAAAAAAGUUAGUAAUAGACCGGAGACCCUUCCACUAAACCUAACAGUACAAAUGACUGCCUUGGAGUUUCUGUAUCCACGUCAGUCAAACAAAGGACACGCAGUAUUCUUCAGGCGUGAGAAUUGAAACAAACACUUACUGUUAUUCUCCUUAACCGCUAGUACAUGAAAUCUGAGUUCCUUACUUCUGACGUGUCUUGUUUAUAAAAAUACACGAAUUGUCGUUCAACUCUCAAUAGUUUUGCUUCUUUUCAACUGAAAUGGUGUUCUACAAGUUUUGUAAAUUUCAUUUCAAUAAUUGUUUUUAUGUUCAUUAGACAGCAGCAACUUUCCAGCCCCAUAUUCCUUCCAUACACGAUCCCAUGUCGAGCUUUCAGGAUAGUCCAGUGCUCUGAGAUGGUCUUCGACUAUACGUGCUUCCUAUUUGGGUGCAGUCCACAGCCACUGCAGCUGACCUGCAGUCUCAACUUAUGACAGGACCUCAGCUCUCGGUCAGGACAGGACAGCUUGUGACGUUUGUGACUUUUAAUGACAUCUUAGUAUUUUUAACAGGGAGUGACUUCCGUUUCGACAGAUGACUGUCAUCACGUAGCGACUAUUUGACAUUUACUACACAGCAAGACGAACUGUGUGACUUACUUUGUGUGGAGACUGCAUCAGCUGUUGUGAUUUCAUUAGAAAUUUUGCUGUCAGAAAGCACCUUUUAUUUAUACUUUUUUAUUGUGAAUAUUGCAGCUUGAGUGAGAGUGAAAAUUGUAAUUCAGAUGUUACUAUAGUGGCGUGUGAAAUCUUAAAUAAAAUUGUUGCUAAAUGCUAAAA